GUGGGGAGGGAGUUCCAUUCAUUUCCUUCAUCCUUUGUCACCUGUUCUCUUUCCUAAAUUCAGUGAUACAGCAUCACUCGCCAGCACCACCACCCAGUCCUCAGAGGUUCACAAAACUUCUUGUCUGGGGCUCCUCCCGCUCGGAGGCGGGUAGGAUGGAUGUAUAUAGGGACGCAGUGUGAGAGAGAGGACUCAGAUCCCCUCCAAUUCCACACAAGACAACAAGAGCUGCAUGAAACACGAGCAAAGCUGUGGGACGAGGGAAGUGCCAGCCGCCCCAUGCUGGUUCCCGGUGUUUCAGCUGGCGUUCGCUGGACAGCGCCAGGAUGACUUCCUCCCCUCCCAGCGAACGGUCGGGCAGGAGGGCUAUUCUCUGCUAACUACAACCAAGAACAAACCAUUGGAGACUGGAACAAAGACGCAACUGCUGUGCCUUUUUAUUUUAUUUUAUUUUAUUUUUAAUUCGGAGGCAGCAGGAGCCAAUGUGUCCCUUCUAGGAGUGAAGCUCCGGGGCGUGUGGACAGACAGACUUCCCUCCUGGCCCUGUCCUCCCCGGGACGCAGCGGUGUGUCUCAUCCCCCACGGCAGUAAACUUGUGCCGGCGGGAGGGAGGUCGAUGAAGCCCGAGUCCUGCGCCUUGCACUUUUCAGACCACCUGGGCGCAUGAAAACUCCAGCGGACUCUCCCGGAAAGGAGACCAUGCCCCCCAACUCUCUUUCCAACCUCUCCCAGACCGCGGGAGCGAAUCAGAGCAGCUUCAUCCCCGGGGUGUCCGAAGGGGAUUUCCUGCAGGUCCCGGACCGGACCACCGCUGAACUGGUGCUCCGCUGUGUGAUCCCGUCCCUCUACCUGCUCAUCAUCUCGGUGGGCUUGCUGGGCAACAUCGUGCUGGUGAAGAUCUUCAUCACCAACAGCGCCAUGAGGAGCGUCCCCAACAUCUUCAUCUCUAACCUGGCCUUCGGGGACGUGCUGCUGCUGCUCACCUGCGUCCCGGUGGACGCCUCCCGCUACUUCUUCGACGAGUGGAUGUUCGGUAAGGUGGGCUGCAAGCUGAUUCCGGUCAUCCAGCUCACCUCCGUGGGGGUGUCCGUGUUCACGCUCACUGCCCUCAGCGCCGACAGGUACAGAGCCAUUGUAAACCCCAUGGACAUCCAGACAUCAGGGGCAGUGCUGUGGACCUGUGUGAAGGCUGUGGCCAUCUGGGUCAUCUCCGUGCUGUUGGCGGUUCCUGAAGCUGUGUUUUCUGAAGUGGCACACAUUGGUAGCUUGGAAAAUGGCAGCUUCACAGCGUGUAUACCCUACCCUCAGACGGAUGAAUUACAUCCAAAGAUUCAUUCAGUGCUCAUCUUCUUGGUCUAUUUCCUCAUACCACUUACUAUUAUUAGCAUUUACUAUUAUCAUAUUGCAAAGACUUUAAUCAAAAGUGCACAUAAUCUUCCUGGAGAAUAUAACGAACAUACCAAAAAACAGAUGGAAACACGGAAACGCCUGGCUAAAAUUGUGCUGGUCUUUGUGGGCUGCUUUGUCUUCUGUUGGUUUCCAAAUCAUGUCCUCUACAUGUAUAGGUCUUUCAACUAUAAUGAGAUUGACCCAUCUCUAGGCCACAUGAUUGUCACUUUAGUUGCCCGGGUUCUGAGCUUUUGCAAUUCUUGUGUCAACCCAUUUGCUCUUUAUCUGCUCAGUGAAAGCUUCAGGAGGCAUUUCAAUAGCCAGCUCUGUUGCGGGAGGAUGUCCUAUCCAGAGAGAUCAACCAGCUAUGUGCUCAGCUCUUCUGCAGUGCGUAUGACAUCUCUGAAAAGCAAUGUUAAGAAUGUGGUGACCAAUUCUGUUUCACUAAAUGGACACAGCAUGAAGCAGGAAAUGGCACUGUGAUUUUGCCAUUCAACUCACUACCUGGAAAGAACUUACUCACCUUUCUAUCUCUACUGAGCAGAGCAGAAGUAAACAAUUUUCUCAUGCUUACUAUUACUCAGCUAAUUCGUAGACGAUUUCAUGACUGACUCAGAAAAGACAAGGCAAACAUACCUAGAGUUUUUCUCUGACCAGGACUUUCCAUUAAAAAAUAUACGUUGUUCACAUUAAAAGUGAUUCAAAAGGCAAUUCUAUAUGUGUAUAAAUCAAUAUUGCUUCUGGAUUUCAGCUGUUGCUAGAGCCAUCUCUAACAUUUUUAUCUUAAAUUUGUUUUAUCUUGAAGCAGGUAAUAAAUUCCUAUAUUGACUCAUUGAUUCAGUGAAGGUAAUAUUCAGACUUCUAUUAUUUGAAAUACAAGUCAUAUUUUCCUGGUGAAUUUAUCAUAACUAAUGCAUGUAUAUAUCUCUUUUGUUUGAAUAAAAUAAUAGAAAAUUCAAAAGGUGAAGCUUAAGCACAAGUCAAUAAUAUUUAUUGUGAUCCUUUGAGUGAUUGGUCAUAAUUUAUAGAAAUAGCUUGUGUCUGUAACUUCUAGGUAUGUGAUUAAAAGAUAUGAUGGCAUUUGUAUUGUUCAUAGUAAAAUAGACAUCGUGUGAUUUACAUUAUUAAUGUGAAAUAGGUAUAUCCUAUGUCCCAAAUUGUGAAACUGUGACUCAGAAAUUGGCAUGGCUAUCUUUGUGUACAUUGCUAAAUCUCUGAUAUUUGGAUGAUUCUGUAUAGAUACGACACGAUUUGUGCACUUCUGCUGAGUUCACCAUUUGCUCAUCUUCUCUCGCCACAGCCACCUGAAGAGAGUCUGGAAUCUCACUCAGGCCAGUGUACUCUGCAGAGUAUUUCAGUGUCCUCUGAAGAAGUGUCUUGGAUUUUUUUUUUUUUUUGGCCAAAAUGCAAACAUGGUCUUGAUUAUAUUUUAAAAGCUAUCCCUUCAUAAGCUGGUAUCAGUAAGUCUAACAUUUGGAUGAAUAUAUUCUGUACUAUUUUUCUUUCUAAAUUGCUGAGCGGAAAACUCUGUUAACACACCAAGCUCUUUCUUAAACACCCCUAACCCAUACCAUUUAAGAUGUGAAAUACUCAAUAAUAUAUAGCAAUGGGAAAAAUAAACACAAGCAGAUUGCUUAUGAUAGUUAAUAAUAAUGAUAAUGCACACUAAUCGAGUGUUUUCCGUGUUCUGGCUUUACGUAGAUUCUCUAAUUUAACCCCAAUAAGAUCCCUGAGGUGAAAGAGAGGGAUUCAGUUUUGGUGGGGUAUGAAGUUACACAAUUUGGGGGAUGUCUCUAUUAAAAACUAUACAACUUUGCAAAUUUUACCAGAAUAUAUGAUCAUAAGAACACAUUGCCAGUCCCUCUGAACUAUCUGCUGCUAUUGUCUUUAUUUUACAGAUUAGGGAUAUGAGGCUCAGAAAUACCAAGAAACUUAAAGAGGAUUACACAACCCUGUGGGAAAAGUGAGAUUUAAAACAGGCUACCACACCACAGUGUGUGCACCCACUAUUCCACCACCACUCAGGCAUGGCUUUUUUCUGUCUUGAAUAAUUUUUAUUAACCUUUGGGAAAGUUGUAAAUCCACCAUCAGAAAGGUGCAAAAUAUCAUACACAAGUUUUAUAUUGACUCUAGGUAUUUUAUAA